GCCCGAUCAUGUUCCAAAAGAUUGAUGGAGUCGUUUAAACAGUGAAGCAGCAACUACCAUAGAGUGCCUUCCGAUCCUUGCGGCUAUUGCGAAGAGAAGAGAAAAUAAAACAAAAUUCGACAAAGAGAAAAUGACCGGUAUCGAUGUGAAGAUGAUUCGCCUGGUGGUGUUCGCUUCCCUCUUUGGUGUCGCAGUUUUGUGCGUCCUUGCAGUCUGCGCGUUUCUUCUUCACAGACACUUGACUAGCAGCAUACGAAAAUGGAAGUUACCUUCUCUGCCCACUACCGCCCGCAUCAAAAUCAGUGGCAGCCCUCUGGAUACAGACGCUCACAUUAAGCUACUCCAUCAGCAGCCGCGUUUAAGUGGAUCCGGAAUGACGAUGGCCGAAAUGAGCCCUCUGGUACGUCACAAACAGUUGUGCAAUUUCAAACAAGUCGAAGCUGAUCCACAGCCGAUGGGUAGCUGCAAUACUUUGACGACUCAGCAUCAAGUUGCAUCAUCAACGAAGACCCUCAUCCGGCCGUUGAGUCAAUCAGCGCAGUACCUGGCACGGCCAAGUUCACAGAUGUUCCAGCAGACGUCGUUGACCAAUCUGAUCGGAAACGAUGACACUAGCGACAGCAAUCAAGGUCACGGGCGCAACAUUGACGAUUGCCAACAGACACCACAAGUGGAACUCACUUUGGUUUACGUCUCCGCUUCCGCCCAGCUCUUGGUGCACAUCCACCAACUAUCGAACGUGACACUCGUCCGUUACGGCAAGGAAUCGAGCAACGUUACAGUCAAAGUAGCGUUGGAUGGCCGCAUCAGGCGAGUUUUUCGUUCCGUUCUGAUUGCUCCCGUCAGUUCAUCAAUUGGCCAGCCGACGAAAUCGCAGCAGCCGCAACAACGGUGCGCACAGGUAUUCAAGUUUGCUGACGUCACGACCGACGACCUGCUGAACGGACAUUUGAUCAUAACUAUUUACCUGGGGCGAGGGCGAUGGAAAAGCGACAAGAAAAUUGGGUUCUUUAAUGUCCGCCUCGGGGAAAUGGCGCUAGCUGACGGUGUCCCUCAGUCCCGCACGGGAUUUCUGAGUCACGACAAACCGGACGGCGUAGGUAAAAAUAAAAAGGACGCUCAGACAGAACCGUGUCGACGGAUCACGGGGGUGUCCGAACUGGGCCAGCUUCUUAUUUCUCUCCGACGGGAGCAACACUCUACCGCUGGAACUUUGUCGUUUCGACUCAAAAUCCUGGUACACCGAGCUCACGGAUUGCCACCAACCAAAACUGUGUUUGAACCCGAGUAUAUCGUCGUGGUCAACGCCUCCUAUCCUGAUGGAGGAUCUGAAAUAAAAGAAACCAAGCCUGCGAGGGGAAAAGCUCCUGAAUGGAACCAGACCAUAGAAUUCGAUGUAACUGAUCGACCGAUCGCGUCGUGCUGGCUUCAUUUGGUGCUUAUGCGGAAGACGAAGAAGGGCCACAGUCCCAAUGCGACUGUUGGUCACCUGACCCUCGGCGCAAAUUCGACGCCCGACGGCGAACGCCAUUGGCAGUCUCUUGUCAAUACUCACGAUGUGGAAAUUCCGCAAUGGCAUCGCCUAACAUCCCGCUAGUUUACUCUACGUUUUUGAACCAAGACUGGCAAUAUCCUUGAUGUUUUUAUUAAAUCAAAUCUGUGUGGUCAUCGAGCAAAUGAAAAUCAAAUUAUUCUCCCCCCCCCCCAUCUUUUCCAGCUUUCUCUCAUUCGUUAUUCAUUUGAAACCAUCACAUAAAAAAUUCAUUAGACUGUCAUUCCAGAUGUUAUACGGGCAUGAACUGAUUAUUUUAAUCUUGUAAUCAACGGAAUGGUUCAAAGUCAAGGUGUACAAGAUGUCGGCCAGGAGAAAGUUGGAAGAUAAAUUUCGUUUUUGAUGUUAUACUCUUGAAUGUCUGACAAGUUGCAUCCCAUUUCGAAAUUCAUUCCGUCACAUUUGUUAUUACAUUUCGUUGGCCUAUAUAUUUAGUCCGUUUCGUAGAGGGUGUUGAAAAAUGUAAGGUCGCAUUCAAAUUGGAGGUGAGUGGUGAAACAAACAACACGUAAACGACUCGAGUAAUUGAAAAUCAGGCUCCUUAGAACGAAUUUCAACUCGUUAAACAGUUAAAUGGCAUCGUGACUGAAACGACCCCCGUCAACAAGAAAACGACCGUGUUGUUAUUGUAACACAAAUGAAGGGUAAGGGUUCAUCCGUUGGCACAUCAGUUCAUCGCUCAUAAAAGAACCGUUGUAUUCC